CAUAUAUGGCAAUGUGAGACAAUGAUAGUUAGGUGAAAGGCUUUGUUUUAAAACCUUAUAUUGUGAUUUCUGAACAUACACACAGUUGCUAGCUGGUAAGGAUAUUGAGGCGUUGCAUCAAUGAUGAUAAAUGGAUGAAAUCAUGGAGCAGUGUUGUUUUUAUGAUCGAAGGCCACACCAAUCUCCAAUCACAAUCAAUUGAUUUUGUGAAUUGUUGUGUCUUUUGCCGAAACCAUUGUAAUCAAGCACUACCUUUUUUCAGCAGUGAAGAUAGGUGAAGGAAAGAAUUGUUGAUCUAUCAUCAUGAGCAGGCAAAACAAUUUCCAUAACCAAUUCCCAUUGAUUAUACGAACCAUACACAUGGGUCUGAUAUGUUAGGGAAAUUACAUUCUUUUUUCUUCAGUCAAAUGGAUAUUACACUCCUAAAACCAAACAUUUAUACAUAAUGACGUAGUAUUUUGGUUGCAAUUCGUUUUGGGCAAGGAUGAUGAACAUGGGAAGGCUUAUCAAUAUCAUAGACAUGAAAUUAUUUUAAUUCACAAAACAAUGUGUAGUUUUUGAGAAGCCUUUCUUUCUGUAUGUGUUGAAAGGGUUUUCCCCAACAAAGUGGUGUACGGAGAGCACACAUGUGAGCUCUGCUAGGGUUCCAUCACCCCCAAUAACGAUCCUUGGCACAGACUCUCUCUGUUUCAUGUGACUUCCCCUUAAGUCAGUUACUCAAGCCUUUCAUCAAAUACAAUUAUGUCUCCAUAAAGAUUACGAGAAAAGAAUACAGAAAAGGGCUUCUCAAUUGCAAGAACAAUUUUCAUGGAAGUUUAAUCUUAGCCAAAGGAACCCAGAACCUCCAACCAGCUCUCCAUCGUUUGUGCCGAUGGGGCAAGGAUUUCAGCCCGAACAGGCUGCUUUUGACACAUGCUCAAACUUGGGUUCGAUUCUUCAACCUUCCACAAGUGUAUUGGAGGCCAUAAAUUUUGUUCGGGAUUGCAGCUGGGGUGGGUGCACCCAUCACGCUUGAUGCCUCUACCAAAAACAGAUUUAUUGAUGAGUAUGAGAUCUCAGAUCAUGCCAACCAAGGACAGCUUGCGGAUCGAGAUCCAGAUUUCACCGUGGUCAUCUCCAAAUUUGGAAGGUAAAAACUUAAGAAAGCUGCACAUUAAAAUUCUGGUAGAUGCACUAACAAAAAAAAUCCUCCCAGGAAGUUUCAAAAAAUACUUCCUCAUGAAGUCAAUUUUCUGGAGUAUUAGAGGAAUAGGAAAUCCUGCCUCUAGGACAGCCCUUAGUUUUGUGAAUCACAAACUAGAUUUCGUAAUAAUUGCUGAACCUUGGGUUGAACCAUUAAAGACUCAUGUAGCCUUUUGGAAUAGUAUAUCUUUGAAACUCUUUGUUGUUAACAAUAGGAGGACUGCCCCUCCAAAAACCUUUGGUGCCUUUGUGCAGUCACAUCUCGCCUUCUACCCUAUCUGUCCCACAUCAAGACGUAACCUUCUCCUUAAAUUUGAAUGAUCAAAACAUUUUUUUAACUGUCUAUACCUGUACAUGUCACAUUCAUAGGCACAACCUUUGGGAGGAACUUAAGCUUUAAUAGAAUCAUGCUGGCCCUUGGAGUUUAAUAGGUGAUUUUAACUGUGUCUUGGGUGCUCAUGAAAAGAAAGGAAGUUGUCUCCCUUAGCGGUAAUCUUGUGAUGAUUCCAUUUCUUGGACUAACGGUUGUAACUAGGUCCACAUCCCUUCUAAAGGGUCUCAAUUUACUUGGAUGAAUGAAAGGAGAGGAAAACAUAGAACUCACUGGAGACUUGACCAGAUAAUCUAAAAUGGUGAUGGUCUUCACUUUUGUGACUAUGUUUAUUGCAAUACGCUUUGUAGAAGUCAAUUUGAUCACCAUCCUUCCCAACCCUUGCUUUUUACAUUGACAAAUGUAAUUCUAUUGCGAAAGUGCAAUCUUCCUUUUCAUCAGCUUUCCCUCUUUUAAUUGAAGAAAGGGUUUUUGGAAGGGAGUCUAGUAAUGUUCUAGUUUUG